AGCCACACACCUUCUUCACCCAGAGCCUGUACCAGUCUUGGCACUGUCGAGCCGCCGCCUUCCUGUGCCCUCUGUAGAUCCACUAGCACAUCACCAUGCCCGGCAAGAAGAAGGAGGAGAUCAAGCCCAUUGAGAUCAAACCAGAAGAGGAGAUUGUUGUCAAGGAGCCUGACUUUGACGCCGCUACAGUGCAGAUUGAAUUUACAGCUGAGCAGAUUGAGGACUUCAAGGAUGCCUUCCAGCUUUUCGACCGGACGCCGACCAACGAGAUGAAGAUCACCUUUGCCCAGUGCGGUGACCUGAUCCGGGCCCUGGGUCAGAACCCCACCAAUAAAGAGAUCAUGCAUGUCCUUGGACGGCCAAAGGCUGACGACAUGCAGACCAAGAUGCUGGACUUUGACCAGUUCCUGCCCAUGCACCAGCACAUCUGCAACGGCAAGGACCGCGGCACCUUUGAGGACUUUGUUGAGGGGCUGAGGGUGUUCGACAAGGAGGGCAACGGCACCGUCAUGGGCGCUGAGCUCAGACACGUGCUGGCCACCCUGGGUGAGAAGAUGAAGGAGGGGGAGGUGGAGCAGCUGAUGACUGGGCAAGAGGAUGCCAAUGGCUCCGUCAACUACGAGGCCUUUGUAAAACACAUCAUGGCAACAUAAAAAGGUUGCAGAUGAUACCUUGCAAUGAGCUGAAGACAAUCAUGCCUCCCUUUUUAUAUGAAACCCUUGCCGCAUGUGCAGUCAACAUAUUGACGUAUGUGCGGUUGCUCCUGUUCAAAUUCUUUACCUCGAUUUGUCAACUUCCUGUUUUUGUAAUGAUGCUCCACAUCUAUUGAAAAAAAGACUAAAAAAAUAAGAAAAUAAAUGACUGUAUAAAAUAUACAUGUUCAUUAUUCCAUGACACAUUGGAAAAUAAAAGCUAUUUUGCACCGUA